AUGUUUGACCUCUACCUCCUGACGUUCAACUGUGCACGCACACUCGCCAACCCGCAAUCGCUUGCGCCUUCCUUCUUCGACGCCCUACCCAAAGACGGUCCCGUGCCAGACCUCGUCGCCAUCUCUCUGCAGGAGAUCGCGCCCAUCGCAUACUCGUUUCUGGGUGGAUCGUAUCUCAAGCCCUACUUUGACCGCAUCACAACCACUGUCCAGCUUGCAGCGGAUCUGCACAGCCAUGGCAGCCAGCGCCUCGAGCAUGUUGCAACUCGCAGCCUGGGCAUGACGGCCCUCAUGAUUUUCGCAAAGCCGAGCUUCACCCAGCGGAUACAAUGGAUACAAUCGGCAGGAGCAGGAGUUGGGUUCUCAAAUAUGGGCAACAAGGGCGCAGUCGCUAUGCGCAUUGGCGUCUCCUGUCCCACGUCAAUCUCAGACGAGACGCUGAACUUGAGCUUCGCUGCAGCUCAUCUCGCGCCUUCAGAGAAAAAGGUGGAGGCUCGAAACAAGGACUGGGAGAACCUCGUGCGCAACCUUGUCUUCCGAAACCGCGACGAUUCAGUAUACAGCUUGAGCGAGGAACGACCACUGUUAAGUUCACGGCGAGCACCAAGCGAAGAGACUGGUCUGUUUGCCACGGGAAGCCAUGUCUUUUUCUUCGGAGACUUGAACUACCGGACACACGACUCAUCGCCUGAUGAGAAGGCCUACGAAGCUUACCCAUCGAUGAAGGCCCCCGAGUCGUCACCAAAGCAUUACUCCCAGCUGCUCAGUUGUGAUCAACUUACGCGAGAGAAGGAAGCCAACCGCACCCUCCAUGGUCUUGAAGAAUUACCAAUUACCUUCCCUCCGACCUACAAGUACUCCAUGUCACGGAGCAGCGACGAUGAGUGGCAAUGGGCGAAGCACCGCUAUCCCUCAUGGUGUGACCGCAUAUUGUAUCUGCCCUCCCAAUCAUCAAAACUCGAACCGCAGAUAUACACAGCUCUGCCGGUGCAAUCAACAUCCGACCAUCGCCCAGUUGCGCUCUCCGUGCGGGUUGAGGAAACACCGAUUCCGGUACACGGCAGCAGCGUCGAAGCUCCAUUCUCUAUCAAUCCAACGUGGAAAUCUCGACAAGAGGCUGCGAGGCGGUGGGAGGUCAUGGUAGGCGCGUCGUCCUACCUGGCUCUGACGAGGACUGGCAAUGCUAUGCUGGUCGCGUUUCUUGCUGUGCUGGCGGGUGGCUGGUGGUUGGCAGCUUGGUUCGCGAGCUGA